GGUAUGAACAGAACCCCAAAAUGCGGUUAUAAAGUACAAAUCAAUGCAGUACUGUUCAAUGCAUAUUUUCGUGUGCAAACCAAAGGACUAUAAAUUCUUGAGUCCAUUGGAUACGAACAGAACAAAAAUUCAAAGAGGCAAUGCAGUUGAGUUUUUGAUAAAAACUUCCAAAAAAGCUUACAUUCCGCAAUUCGGAAAAUGGAAUCUGCCUUUUACCGAUAUACAAUCCUUGUACUACUGACAGUUACAUGGACAGCACAUCUUGCUGAUGGAAAGUCACCAUUGAUCCAGAAACCUAUCACCGAAGAGGACGAGAGAUUGCUAUUUGCACCACAAAACAAGAAAGUGCUCCCCGAUGUAGCUCUAUUUGAGAUUCCCGAUGAUAAUCGCGUCUCUGUUCCUGGCAAAGGAAUACAAUAUGUUCCGUGGUGGGCGACUUUUCUUAUGAACAUUAUAAUGUUCUUCUAUCGACAACGUCCGGACAACAGGAGUCAGUUUGGAGUUCUGUUCAUGACCAACAUUGACAGUCUUAACGACUUUCCUCGGGACUUUCAGCCAAAAAAUCAAAACGGAGAUCCAAUCAUUGACAAUAGGUACGCUAUUUCUCCAAACAAUGUUGCUGAUUUUGGAAAUUAUGUAUCUACAAGGCCGGAAAAUGUCGCAGGUACAAUGGUACAUGCUGAAGCAAGAAUCUUGGAUAAUCUUGACAGCUUGUGGAACGCCUAUCGUAACAGAAAUGGCCGGCCACCAAACUUCAUGCUUUUGUAUUCAUGGAUAAUGCCUUGUCCAAAUUGCACAAACAUGAUUUUAAGUCGAUUUAAUCUUCAGCCUUACUCCAACGUACAAUAUCGUGUUGUUGCAUACACUGUGGAAGGAACAAACAGUGGCUUGCCGUAUAUGACCCCACAAAGAAAUAACCAGAGUCGAAUUUAUCUAAAGAACAGUAGCAUCACGGUUUACAGACAAAGAUGCCAGCGCCCAGAUGACACUGUAUCAAAUAUACGCACAGAACUGGCAGAUGAAAUUUACAAAGACCCUUACGUAGAGAAAAUGAUCAAAUCACAAAUAAAGGACGACCCCAAUACUCACGUCUGCAAAUUAGAAGAUACCUUCCAAGGCUGCAUGGUUGAAUGUCUUGGUGAUAUAUGUUGUUCAUGCAAAAGCACGGGCAAGAGAGCAAUGACCAUAGCAUUGGUGAACGAAUUAACCAAAUUCUGCGCAGCAUCCGCUGGAAUGGAUGAACACAUACUUUUCUGGAAACCAAAACUCCGCCAGUAGUUGCACGGUGUUUGAAAGUGUCGCAGAUAAAGUUAGAACGUGCGCUGUAACCACAUGUUUCGGAACACCAAUGUCCAAACCUCUUGAUCCAGAGAACCCGUACUAUAACCCUGGAUAUCUGAUAAACUUUUCGGACCUGAACGUAAUUCCCAAAGUUAAUCUUACAGAUUUUUGUCAAGAUAUUAGGGCAGAAAGUUUGCUUUGUACAACCUAUAGGGCGGACAGCUUUACAGCGGGUAACACACUUUGUAGAAGUGACAACCGCUGUGGCUAUAAUCAAGGUAAAUCAUACAGUUGGUGCUAUGUGGACUUCAAGGACAACUGGGACUACUGCUGCACGGACACGUGUGGAUUCAAUAAAAAUACAGAUUACAUGUGGUGUAAAAGUGGCAAUAAUUGGCAAUACUGUGGAAAUGGCGGAGAUGUUACCAUUGGUAACCAACGAUGUCUGGCGGAGUUCCCUUGCGGUAUGCACCAAGAGGACGGCAAAAAGGGCUACUACUGGUGUUAUACCGACACACAAUACUGGAACUACUGCUGUCAACCUUCAGACACCUGCUCUACUCAUGGUUAUAGCUACAACUGGUGCUACACUGGCUACCAAAAGAAAACAGUUAAUAAAACAUGUACACCACCUUAAAAAUAGGCAAUCCUGCCAAGGUAUUGUCGAAACGACCUUUUCCGCAGCUGUAAUCAAUCAUUUCUUGAUUCGACGGUACGAUUCGCGAAAAAUAAAGCCAGUUAAUUGUAGAAAACUAAAGUCAUGUAUGCAUUCUAUUUUAUUACAAUAUAAACUGUAUUUUAUACAUUUUCUAUAUCCUCCUAUGCAUGCUAUAAUGCUUAAGUAUAGUGGCAGGCAACAUAUCUGUUUCUUGCCUUUUUCAACGUAUUUCUGAGGUUGGUACUGUUCAUUUACGAAAUUCAACGGAAAAUGAAAGAAACAUAGAGGAAUUUCCAACAACGUACUUCUAAAUUUAGUGCUUUUUACUUAAUUAUAUUCAGAGCCAGAUGAAAGACAAACAGAGGGAUUUAAAGGAGAUGCGCUUCUUUCAAGAAGACAAUAUGGAUUUGACAGCAUUUAUAAGAACAUAUAAAAUCACUUUGACAGAACCUAUGCUAGGAGCCCAAAGAACAAAGUAUUAUCAUGCAACUUCGAACUCCUGUAUUGAAAACAACUACAACUGCCUUAUUAUACGCGAAGAUGAAAUUUUCUAAAGCAAGCCGUCUCGCGUACCGGUAAUUUCGCGAAAAAUAAAAUUGAAAGUUGAAAAAAGGUGAUUAACAGUAAAAUAAGAAAUUUAAAGUAGUAGUAAAUACAACUGCUCAAUUAUUUAAACACCCCUUCUACAUUGUUUUUUUUUGCUUUUACAUUAGCAAAUAAAGAGGAGCAGUCAUAUAUU